CGUAGCUUCUCUGGUCAAAUGCGGGCUUUCUGACCGGUGGAGCUCGCGUCAGGCAACCAGUCAUCGCCAACCCGAAUAGGAAGGUGCUUCUCGCAAUGAUUCUGCGAAAUAUAUAAGUGGUUAAAUAUACCUUGGCCAAAAAGAUAAUCUCCGAUCCCAAGAGUGUCACGACUGCAAAAUCGUCAGAACAAGUCCUUCUACAAGAGAUCAUACAUAAUGACCACCCUAACACCACCGGUCCAGUCACCGACAACAGAAGAUGAACUCCCACCCCCUCUAUUUCCACCCUCCCGCAUCACAGUCCGGCCCAUGCACCCUCUCGACGCAGUCUCUAUGGCCCAGCAUGCCACUUCCCCCAUGGUAGCGAAAUACAUGUCCCCCUCCUUCCCGCACCCUUACACGCCCUCCGACGCCACACACUGGAUCAACCUCAAUCUCGGCGCGUCCGCGAACAGCUUCGGAAUCUAUAACUCUGAAUCCCCCGGAAUCAUGAUUGGCAAUGUAGGCCUCAGGUUUAACCCAGAUGCCAACGCGAACACAGCAGAAGUCGGAUUCUGGCUUGGAGAUGCGUACUGGGGACGAGGAUACAUUACAGAGGUGUUGGAGAAAUUUACUGCGUGGUGUUUUUCGAAGGAACAGGAGGGAAGGGGCUUGUGUGUGUUGUGGGGCGGGGUGCUCGAUGGAAAUGUGGGCAGUAUGCGCUGUUUUGAGAAAGCUGGAUAUGAGCGAGAGAGAGUGCUCAAGGAUCAUUAUGAGAAGGGUGGAAAGCUUCUGGAUAUGCAUAUUUUCGGGGCUGUGAAGGGGGAUUGGGAAGAAAGGAGAGCGAGGAAACAUGUAGAAAAGUAGGAUGAAACAGAAUUUGAUAUGUUGGGGUAUUUUUAGGGACCUGGCUUCGCAAUGUAGGCCUGUAGCUGCAUGAACAGCAUCUCGACUGGGACGUUAUGCCUGGC